CUGCGACUUCGCUCUUCUCCCCCUCCCGCAGCCACCAACUUUCCCUCCCACCUCGCUUUUUGCUUUUUUUUCUUUCCAUAAAAAACACAAGAAACAUCAUAUAGAACACAAUUUUGUUCUUCAUCUUUUUGAUCGUAUUAUUUUCGUGGCCUGGAGCUCCGACUCCUUAAUCACCACCUUCACCAGCUGCUCAGGUAUUUGUGGCCUCCUCUUGCUCGAAGAGAAGCGUUUAACCUUGCUCCAGGACACACUCAGACGUACCUGUGAUCUGUUUUUCCAUCAUGUCGCUGUGGGGGCAACGAUUCCAUGAUACGGCCAAGUUGCCGGCGUCGGAACGAGAGAAGGCGCUCAGGCGUGGGCACAAGGAGCUUAACUUUCUCAUACUUCUUCGCAUGGAAGCCAUCGGGUAUGCGUUUGCUGAACAAGUCGAAAUCUAUGCUUCUUUCGUCCCGCUGCCUCCGCCAGACCUUGAAGAGGCUGAGAACUCGGACUCGUGCGAGCAUGGCUCGGAAGGUGCUAGUGAAGCCACCACCGAGCAUGAGUCUGACCAGGAACAAGGCGACGACGAAGAUGACCCUUGGGAAGUUCAGGCUGCUGUAAGCGCUGCAGCCGUGGAGGGUCUAAACGCCGCUGACUCGCGAGACGACACUGGUUCUAACGAGCCCGCUGGACAAGAUGACACCCGCAACGAUACUGAGUCUGCCGACAAAAUGUCCUUCGACCAUGACAUGGAGAUCCUUAGCGCCUGUCUUGCUAGAGGCCCUCCUACUGCUGAGAGCAGCCCAACCUCCAACGCCGUUGAGGCUUCUACCAACGACACCACGACAGCAGCGAACUCAGGAACUACCCAUGGAUGGCUUAGCAACGAUCCUGGAAGCAACGAGGGCACCAACGGUCAGUCUUCAUGUCACGAGUCUGUGGACAUUGACACUGUUUCGCCCAUUGGCUCGGAAGGGGCCAACCAACGCUGGCUAACGAAUACCCCCGGUGCUCCCUACGACAGCGGAGCGACUACCUCUUCCAACGUAUCAGAGGACGGAAGCCCUAUCCAGGGUGACGAGGGUUACGCUACUGCGGCUCAAGAAGAUGGGGAUGCGGAGAGCAAUGAUCCCGCUGAGUCAAGCAACGGGCACUACGCAGUCUACUUGCGACCCAGCACUCUUUUCGAACCUCCUCCCACUUGGGCGACACAAUACAAGAAAUUUUUCGACGUAGCUGUCGCGGCCUACAGAAUGUUUCUUUAUAAUCGCGCACCCAAGCCAAUCCGGGCACGACUCGCGGAUCCGAGUACCCAUGAGGCAGCAGUCAAGCGAUACAAUCUGAUCAACCUGGGCCUUUACCCUUUCGUCACUGCAGGCCAUCUUAUCGAGUUGCAGCAACGCAUCGGGGAUGUUACCCACUUCUGUACUUGGAUCGAAAGAAACAUGGAGGAGAUCCAGCGUGACAAGGAGGCGAGGAAAGACAUCAUCUACGCCUAUCCCUCAAAUUCACCACUUCGAUUUCGAACCAAGGGCCUUGGAAGUUCCUUACGCUACGUGACCCAUGUCGACGAGGAUUGGGCCGACGAGGACGACUGGGGAUUGCCUCCUCCAAUGAAGAAGCGAAAUCUGAUCUAGUUCCACUCGACAAAAAAAAAACACAGCUUGCUAGAAAUGGGUGGAUUCUUGAAGUUAGUUCGGGGAAGAUGAACAGGAGAUCGACACAGAUCUAAGAGAUCUUGACCAACUUAGAUUGACACAACGCUAGAGCUUGUUGUCCCAAUUAUUGGCCUAGAAAACCUCAGGUUAAUGUUUUGUAAGCUUGGAAGAAGCUUAGAGAUAUGGGCAAUAGACCAUAGGACAGAGAGGCGAUGAGGGUUUCCGCCGUGACUUUGUUUUGAGUUUGUUUGGCGUACAGGAACCACAGGAAGCAUAGCGAGCUGGGAGGCAGCGAUUACUACAGGAAGCAUAGCAGACCUAGAGUCAGCGGUUUUCC